GGGCGACGGCCGAAUGUCAUUGCAUGAACCGUGUGAUUGGCUCCAUAAACGGCCGCAACGGGGUCGACAACCUGGGAACCUGAAGGCCGGGGGCAGGAAAGGGCAAGUGGGGACGUUCAUCUCGAGGUUGGUACGUAUCUUUGCGUGCCUGCCUCAUUCUCGGCCUGAGCCCCGUCUUUCCUUUCUGACUCCUUGAAGCCUGUUUCCUGCCUUCCUUUCCUGCCUCUGCCUUGCACUCAACACCUCUGCGUGCGUCGACUGUGCCGUCCUUGAGCCGGGUCCGCUUGUUCACGUCCUCCAGUCUCCAGGACUUCAGAACCCAGAUAACUGGCUUUCCCCAACCGGCGCAUUGUUGCCUUGAAAUCAAUCAUCCACCACAUGUUCAAUGACUGUAAGAGCGGAAAUGUGUCCUUACCACCAAGUUCCUUUCCACUCGUGAAAACCUUGACUCAAUGAGUUGUCAGAAACUUAGAAUCUCUCCCGGCGGCACUUGCGCUAUGAGUCUCCUCUCUCUCUCUCUCUCUCUCUUCCUCUCCCAAGUCUGUCACAUUUGCUCACUUGCUAUCAGUUUCGUGGGCGGGACCCUUACGAUAGCUAAGGGUACCGUUGCCGAAAUCUGCAUUGCUCUAAGGUCUGGUCACCUCAGGCCGGCCCUACCUACGCCAAGAGUCGCGGAACAGAACGGCCAGUGCCCAGCUGCCCCGGCACCACCACCAGGUGGGAAUCUUUGGGCGACAGGGGUGAUGGGGGUAUACCUAGGGGAGACCUCACCUACCUACGGAUAGGCUCUGAUGUUUGGGUGUGUGGGUGUUGAGGCUGCAAAUCCUCGGACAAAGCGGGGGCUCAGUUUCCGUAGGACUCGCUUGUCAACCUUGACUCCUUGUCGCUGGGUGUGACCGGGUCGCGUCCCGUCAACUUGGAGUCCUGAACCAUGGUUGAGUGGGCACUGAACUGGACUGGACUGGAGUGGGCUGGAGUCACUGGAAGAAGCCGGGCUCUUCAGGAUGGAAUUGCUUAAACAGUCAUCCGAGAACUAGAU